AUGGCGGUGCAGCACGCCGUACCGAAGUGCUCGAGGGAGAUCUACCCACGCGUCAUACGCGUGAUUGAGGAAGUCGCGAUGGAGCGCAGCGGGCGCGAGCUUCUCAAACGUGAGGUCACUCUCGAAGAUAUCGAAGAGACACAGAUGAAGUGCACCUUUGGCAGCAAAACGCGCGGAAUUUCGGCAACUAAAGUGGCGCUUGACCCUGCUAUUCCUGCUGGAUGGGAGUUGCAGACUGCGCGUAUUCACAACUCCCCCGACGACUAUGAGCUGCGUGGCGCAUGGCCACGGGGGAAACGAAUCGCAGAAGGCGCCAGAUGCCACUGGCGGUCCAAAGAAGAAGAAGCGCUGUUCGUGAAGCUGCUCUGGGACGGAUGGCAGGCGCAGGGCGGAGCACUGGAGCGCGAGGAAGAGGACAGGUCACGGUGCGCCGUGGACGUAGAUGCUGUUGUGCCCCACCACAGCGACACAGAAGCGGCGAUCGGCGGUGGCUAUAGCUUCAGCGUGAUCGCAAGGAAGGACGCGCAGAGCGCAGUGCCGGCAGGGGGCGCUCCAGCGGGCGAGCUGGACGUGACCGCGCGAGCAUAA